AUGUUGCGACGAACUGCGUUUGGAAUUGUAUUUGUUCUCCGCAUUUCCUGUAUUUUGCGGGAAACCGUUCUUGUUGUGAUCGCUUUUAAAGCAACUCUUCCCAACAACAACUUGAUGAACUGGUUUGGACCCAUGCAGCAACGGUUAGGCGUGUUCGUUCUUACAUUUCUUCAAGGUUUAGUUUGCACAAUCUGGCUCAUUGUAUCACCUCCUUAUCCACUGAAAAACAUGACCUAUUAUAGAGACAUUAUUAUUUUGAAAUGUGACGUGGGCUCUUUAAAAGCCUUUUAUUUUGUAUCCGGUUAUAUUGGUCUUCUCUGCACUGUAUGCUUCCGGCUAGCUUUUCUUGCCCGGAAACUUCCAGACAAUUUCAAUGACGCGAAGUAUAUAACUUUCAGUAUGCUGAUCUUCUAUGCUGUUUGGAUCACUUUUAUUCCGGCUUAUGUCAGCUCUCCUGGAAAGUACACAGUGGCUGUCGAAGUGCUUGCUAUUUGGGCGUCAAGCUUUGGUUUACUUGUCUGCAUUUUUGCUCCGAAAUGUUAUAUAAUCUUAGUGAAACCGGAAAAAAAUACGAAGAAAAACAUGAUGGGCAAAGCGUCUUCACUAUAG